CCCUCUCCUCCCUUCCAUUUCGCCCGCCUUUCCCUCCUUCCCUCGCGGCGCGGCGCCACCUCACCUCACGCGGACGCGUCCACCGCGCCGCCGCCUCCUCCGGCUCCAAAUCCACCGCAGAAAGGAAGGAAGGAGCAGGAUGAGGGAGCUCUGAGCCUGCUGGCCCCCCUCGGCCGGAGGAGCGCGGUCUCGGCGUCGCGAGAUCCGAGCGCGCCGCGGGUGCGGCUGCUGCUGCUGCUGCUGCUGCCGUGAAGGGCUUGGAGGGUUUGCUGCCGCGGCGGGGGAGGGGGAGGGGUCGAGGAGGUGGUGGAUUGCCAUGGCGGGGUCGAGGUUCGGGUCGUUCAAGUCGGAGAAGGGGGACCCGGCCGCCACGGCGGCGCAGAGGAGGGACCCGUACGAGGUGCUCGGGGUGGGGCGCAACGCCACCGACCAGGAGAUCAAGAGCGCAUUCCGCCGCAUGGCGCUCAAGUACCACCCGGAUAAGAAUGGUGACGACCCUGUUGCGUCAGACUUGUUCCAGGAGGUCACAUUCUCCUACAACAUACUGUCAGAUCCUGAUAAGAGGCGUCAGUACGACACAUCAGGAUUUGAGGCGAUCGAAGCCGAUAGCCAGGAAUUGGAACUGGACCUAUCGAGUCUCAAUACUGUCAACACCGUGUUUGCUGCUCUUUUCAGCAAACUUGGUGUACCGAUAAAGACAACUGUCUCAGCAACAGUUUUAGAGGAAGCAUUGAAUGGGUCGGUUAUGGUUUCUCAGCUCCAGCUUGGGAACUCUGUUCACAGGAAGGUGGAAAAGCAAUCGGCUCAUUUUUAUUCUGUCGACAUAACAGAAAAGGAAGCUAAAAUGGGGUUAGUUUGUCGUGUGAAAUCAACUGAAAGAAGCAAAUUUAAGUUGCUUUACUUUGAGCUUGAAGAAAAUGGAGGCUUGAGCCUUGCUUUUCAGGAAGACAGUGUAAAGAAUGGGAAAGUUACUUCUGCAGGGAUGUAUUUUCUUGGCUUUCCUGUGUAUCGCUUUGAACAAAACAACCCAGCAGCUGCCACAAAGGAUCCUGAUAGUGCCUUCUUCAAAAGAUUGGACAGCUUCCAACCAUGUGACAUAAAUGAACUAAAACCUGGCACACACUUCUUUGCUGUCUAUGGCGACAAUUUCUUCAAAAGUGCAAACUAUACUAUAGAGGUUGUAUGUGGUGAAUCUUUCCCUGCUGAAAAGGAGAAGCUCCAAAGUGUUGAGGCAAAGAUACUCACAAAACGAGCUGAGCUAUCCAAAUUUGAGACUGAGUAUAGAGAAGUUUUGGCAAAGUUCACUGAGAUGACUGGCAGAUACACACAAGAAAUGCAAGCAAUCGAUGAGCUUUUGAAGGAAAGGAAUGAAAUCCAUGCAUCCUAUACCAACAAUUCACCACUUAAAAGGAGUUCCAGCAAGAGUAAAGCUAAAUCACCUUCAAAAUGGUCCAAAGGUGAGGAGGAAAAAAAUCAGAGAAAGGAAAAGAAAGUGAAAGAUCAACCCACGGGUGGAUGCAGAAGUGCUGAUGAAGAUUCAAACGAAAAGAAAACGAAAGAGCGGUUCCCAAGGAAGAAAUGGUUAAACAUUCCUUUCAAAGUUGACAGGAAAAAACCAUGCUGAGCAACGUAAUCACCCCAGAUUCUCAAUGUUCAGUUCAAAGACACGGCAUUUCGACCCUGACCUUUCAUCGCUUGCCUGGGUUGAUUUGGUAGAAAGAUUGGGUGCAAGCCUGAGAUCAGAUGGUGUGAACUGUGAAGAAUUCUUUUUCCGCUUCCCCCUGAAGAUUCCUUUGGUCGGUCAUUCACCGAAUUCUGUCGAGACGAGCCUGUGAUGCUUGAUUGUCUACAUAAGAAUUCCACCGUAGUCCAGUUUUUAUUCUUCUGUCACUAUAGUCCAAGUCCGAUUCUUUCUAUCGUUUGUCUAGUAUUGUUUCGGUUCGCUUUGUAACCAGUUGUAAAUAUAAGUUCUUUUCACCCUUUUCCUGCUGUACAUAAUGUUCCUUCCCCGUUUGUAUUCCUGAUAUGUAAAGGGCGAAAGACAACCAUUUCCUCAGUUUGGGUUCGUCAUUCA